CAUUCGCAGCUGAGCUCGAACCAACCAGUUCGCGAAAGCCCAAGCCGCAAGCACCUUCUCUGCAGUUCAAAUCAUAAACCCCAAUCUGGGGACCUGCAAAUUAGCUGCCGCGGCUGCCAUGGAAGGCGAAAUUGAAGUCGAACCACAGCUACCACCAAUACGAGCCCCGCACAUAAAGAAACGAGCUCUUAAAAACAAAGCUCUAGCUGUAUCUUUCAACGAGAAAGAUCUCAGGGAUUACGUAACUGGGUUUCACAAGAGGAAGAAAAAGAGAAGAAAGGAAGCCCAAAAACAGCAAGAGGAGGCCUUACGGCGAAAGCGUAUCGAGGAUCGCAAAAAGAGGAGGCUGGAAAGGGAACUCGUGUUAUAUGGAGAAGCUCCACCAGCUUCUGGUGAUGGUGAUGGUUACAGUGAGGAUGGUGAAGAAAGUGAUCCAAUUGCAUCAGUCAGUGGAACAUUGGAGUAUGACAAUGGGGACAUGAAAGUCACUGUGACAACUAGUGAGAUUUCUCGGGAAGAUAAGGAUGACCACAGUGGAAAGAUGCAAACAGCAGUGCCCAUGUCAAGAUUGGCGGCUGGAGAUGAUAAGAAGCACAAUUUAGCUGUUACUAAAAAGAACUCGUUUAAGAAAGUCUCGAAGCAUAAGUUGAGGUCAAAGCCACAUAAUAACAGAGAUAAAAAGAAGGGAAAGAAAAAGAACAAGAAGAGGUAAUUAUCCAAAUGAAGUGUGGAUGAAGUUGAAUUUUUGGUGGGAAUAGACAAUAGAGAGCAUAAGUAGCCUAAUUGCUGAGUACAUCCUGCUAGGCCCUGAGGUCACAUUCAUAGUUUGGCAAUUUGGGUGGUGAUAAUGAUAUUUUAUUUGACAACAGUUGUUUAAAUUUUGAAUCGGGUGUAUUUGAACAGAUUGUUUUGUGAAUUCUUUUUGUCAACUUUCUUUUUCCAAAUAUCAUGCCAAAAUUACCAGUGGUUAUGAUUUGAUUA